AUGUACCCUGGCUCCGCCCAAGAGAACCAGACAAUGGUGAUUCUGCUUACCGGAAACCCAAGCAGCGCAAUCAACGCCUUCAUGUCUACUCAGGCCCAGGUCCCCGCCUCAGGGUACCAAGGCUACCAUGGACAGCAGACCCCGUAUACGGCCCCUCCACUGCAAUCUCACGCGGGGCAGUACGCUCCGUCGGCGUCCCACCAAACUAUGCCUCUUCAACCAGCGCUGAUGACCUCUUACAUGACGAGGCAAGCGCAGCCGGGGUCUCAGCAAGCAAUGCCUUCCCAGGGGUCGUCGCUAAUGAACCCGUACAUGCCACAGCAGGUGCAACAGGUGUUCUCGUCGCAACAGAUACAGCAGCGUGUGGUGUGUCAGCAACAGCAGCAACAGCAGCUACAGCAGCAACAGCAGCUACAGCAGCAACAGCAGCUACAGCAGCUACAACAGCAACAGCAGCUACAGCAACUACAGCAACUACAGCAGCAACAGCAGCAACAGCAGCAACUUGUGGCAAAAAGCUCGGUGAUUUGUCAUCCGGCUGCGAGUCAAGUAUCUCAAGGAUACUCGGCUCCCCAUAACACGGCAUCUCCCAGAGAGGAUCCGGCGUUGAAUUCCACCAAGACUCCUAGCGAGAAUGGUGACUACAGGUUAGUUUGA